AGGUGACGACAUAUGUGAGGUGAAGAGUGAAGAAACUGGCGAAGUAGCAUUUGUUGAUUGUCAAAUUGGUGGUAUGAACGAGACGACAAUGGCGGAUCAAGAUGAGUUAUUGACGAAUAUGACCGCUGAAAAUGUUACGAUUCAUUGUUCGAAGACUGAAUUCGGUUGUUGUCCAGAUUGGGCGACGCCAUCUGAAGGAGCCGACAAUGCGGGAUGCCCAACAUUUGUUCUAGGCUCAUGCAAUGAUACGGCGUAUGGUUGUUGUCCAGAUGAGGUCACAAUGGCCAGAGGUCCGAACUACGAGGGAUGUGGUGAACCAUCAUGUGCAGCCUCGUUGUAUGGAUGUUGUAAAGAUCGUAAAACAAUCGCAUUCGGUCCUCAUUACGCAGGUUGUGAACGAUCAUCGUUCCCAUGUGAGUUGUCCUCGUUCGGAUGUUGCCCAGAUGGCGAGACUGCAGCAUUGGGCGAGAACGGUACCGGAUGUGGUUCAGACUGUCUCGUUUCCAAACAUGGGUGCUGUCCGGAUGGUGUGACUCCAUCGAAGGGUAGCAGCAACGAAGGAUGUGGUUGUAAAUACGCGCAAUUCGGUUGUUGCCCAGAUGGCAAGAGUUCAGCGAAGGGACCAGGCUUUUACGGUUGUCCAGAAACAUGCGCUCAAAGUCAGUAUGGAUGUUGUCCGGAUGGUAAAACGGCCUCAAGAGGACCGAACAAAGAAGGUUGUCCUUGUCAAUACACGAAGUACGGUUGUUGUCCUGACGGUGAAACUGCCUCGAUGGGACCGAAUAAUGAAGGAUGUGAUGACUGCAGAUAUGCUAAACAUGGUUGUUGUUCGGACGGCGAAACGAAAGCCACUGGACCAAACUAUGCGGGAUGUCCUUCAACUACAGUGGCUCCAUUCCUACUUGGUGGCACUGUGGCUCCUGAGAAGAUUUGUACGAUUGUUUUUUAUUGU